AUGAUUUCCCUUAUGCUCAGCAUUUUCUUGAUCGCCCUUGACAUGACCAUCGUUGCGACCUCUGUACCCGCCAUCACCAACGACUUCCACGGCAUCAAAGACCAGGCAUGGUACGCCUCCGCCUUCUUCCUGACGGCUGGCGGAUGUCAGUCGACAUGGGGCAAGAUCUACCAGAAUUUUCCCCUCAAAUUCAGCUUUCUCAUAGCCAUUUUCAUCUUCGAAGUGGGCAGUCUUAUUUGCGCCGUGGCCCCUUCGUCAUCCGUCUUCAUUGCAGGUCGUGUCAUUGCCGGUAUUGGAUCCUCUGGCGUCGGCUCAGGCUCCUACACAAUCGUCGCUUUUAUUGUAGAGCCCAAGAAGAGAGCGAAUUAUACCGCGAUUCUUGGAGCGAUUUUUGGAAUCGGAAGUAUUCUGGGCCCUUCGAUCGGUGGUGCUUUUGCUGCUGAUAUCACUUGGCGAUGGUGCUUCUAUGUCAAUCUCCCUAUUGGUGUCCCUCCCGUCCUCGGCGUCAUCUUCUUCCUCCGCCUCCCGUCUAUUGCUCGCCCUCGACAAGCUCCGUUAAAAGAGAAGCUGCUCCAGAUGGAUCCAAUCGGCUUUGUACUGCUGCUGGGAGGCAUCGUCUCAUACCUCGUAGCAGUGCAGUAUGGCGGCGUGACACACCCUUGGAACUCUGGAACUGUCAUCGGUCUUCUCGUGACUUGUGUUGUGGCAUUCGUUCUUUUCGGAUUCGUUGAGAUGUGGCAAGGUGAAAGAGCGACAGUGAUCCCUCGGCUCUUCAAGAAGCGUUUUGUUGGACUAUCGAUGAUCUACAUAGCGUUUCAAGGCGGAGCCCUCUAUGCCAUGGUUUACUAUCUCCCUCUCUACUUUCAGGCUAUCCGAGAUGAUAGUGCUGUGCUUGCUGGUGCUCACACCUUGGCCUUUAUCAUCCCGGGCAUGCUCUUUAUUCUAAUCUCCGGCAUCAUCACCACGAACACAGGCAUGGUUACGGUCGUCAUGUUUGUUGGAUCGGCCAUUGCAACUCUUGGCUGCGGCCUUAGCUACUUGUUCGACAUCAACACCAAUACCGGGACCUGGAUUGGAAUCCAGAUCGUGUGUGGCAUAGGCCUUGGCCUUGGGUUCCAAAUUCCUCUUUCUACAGCUCAGGCCAGUGUCGAAGCGGCCGAUUUACCAGCCGUCACUGCCAUGUUGUUGGAAUUCCAGACGCUCGGUGGCGCCAUCUGGGUGUCUGCAGCGCAAGCCGCCUUUGUGAACCGCUUGCUGGUCGGUCUACCCAAGUCGGCUCCCAAUGUGAUCCCAAUGGAGGUUAUAGCUACUGGUGCUGGAGAUUUGCGCAAGGUCUUUUCACCAGCGGAUCUCCCAGGCAUCCUUGCAGCUUACUCUACCGGUAUCAGGGACGCAUAUCUCCUCAUCUGUGCAAUUGUUGGGAUUUCCAUGUUGGUAGCUGCAGCAAUGCCAUGGAGGAGAAUCGACCCAGAUGCAAUCAAAGCAGCUGCAGGUGGAGCGUAA